CACUACCCAUGUGUGUUAUACUAUAUAAAGCCAACACCCCCUUUAUUUCUUUCUAUGUGGGACAAACAAUACAUUCUCAAAACAAGCUCUUUCAAGCUACUAACUUCAACUUCAUUUCUCUUAUGGAUUUCAUUAAGAAAAUUCUUAAACCCAUACAUGAAAGUUUAAGUCCCGAUAUCUAGAAACAACUUCCAAUCAUUAGAUUAUGGAAUUAACAACAAGAACAUAAUAAAAUUAUGAACUUAAAACUCCAUUUUCUAACAAUAAUAACAUAAGACUACUUUCAAAUUAUUCUUUAAAAAUAAUAUAUAUGAACCUAGUAAGGUAAUAAAUUUAAUAACGUGAAAAUUCAACAAAUUUUUUAUUCUUGCUCUCUAUUUAAUUAUUUUUGUUUGUAUUUGAAUUGAAUAUAACUAUAAGGAAGUCAUAAAAGUAAUAAAUUCAGAGCACCUAGAUAAUCAUAAGAAAAAUAACCAAACUCUUAAAUUUUUAAAGAGCUUAACAUGAAAUUUUCCACAAGAGUAACUGUAUUAAGAAAUUCUCCUAAAACUGAUAUUAUAUCAGAUUGACCAAUUCUUGUAGAACCACAUGAUGUUAGGAGGAUGACUUACGAGCAUCUAACACUUCAAUCGUAAGAUCAUGGAGACACUUAUGAUGAUGAGUAAAAAUAUGAGACUAUAUGCUGGCACGCGGACAACAAUACUUCAAGGACAGCUUGGUUUCUGCUGGGCCAAAAUGAGCAUCAUAUAAAAAGCUUGGGCCAUAUAAUCCUUUGGAAGUGGAUGCUUCACUUGGUUUGGAUGAUGUUAUGUAUUUAGUGUUCCUCUUUGUGUAUGUAUGCAGAGGAACAACAAACAGAUUACAUGAAGAUAUGUGUUCCUCUGCACAGUGCUGCGCUAAGAGGUGACUGGCAUGCUGCAGACAUAAUUCUGAGAAAAUAUCCAAAGGUGAUAAACAUGAGCAUCACACAUAGAGAAGAUACUGUUCUACACAUUGCAGCUUCAACAAAGCACACUUACUUUGCGGAAAAACUGGUGACCAAGAUGUAAAUUCAGGACUUGAAACUUCAAAACAAAGGGGGUACAGCUCUUUGGUUAGCUGUAGCUUCAACCGAGAAAAUGGUUGAUAUAUUGCUGAAAAGGAACAAAGGUCUCUUAAAGAUACGUACGAGGGGUAGGUUACCACUCAUGUGUGCGAUUUGGUCUGGACACAAGGACAUUGUGGAAUAUAUGUACUCCAUGACCGAUAUUGUAGAUGAAAAAUGGAAAGUAUCGGAUAAAAAAAGUUUGCUGAAUUCAUGCAUUAGCAUUUUUAAAUUUGUAGAUAUCGCCUUAAAAAUUAUGAAUGACUGCAAGAAAGAAGGGACACUCAUGAUAAUAGGUACAGAGGUACUGAGGUAUUUGGCUUCUAAACCUGCUGCCUUCGAUGGAAAAAUACGACCUUUUCUUAGAAGACUUGUCAAUAAAGUACUCCCCGGGCCAGGACUAGGAAGCGUUGAUAAUUCUGUAGGAGUUGAAAUAGUCAGGAAUAUAUGGGAAGAGAUUGUUAAACAGAAGCAUGAGGACAUAUUGAAAACAGUUGUUGGUGAUUAUAAGAAGAAAGAAGUUGAAGGUCUUCUAUUUGUAGCUGCUAGAUUGGGCAACUAUAAAUUCAUAAUUGAGCUCCUUAGAUUGUAUCCAGAAAUAGCAUGGAGCAGAGAUGACAACAAAUACACAAUAUUUCAUGUUGCAGUUAUACAUCGUCAGGAGAAUGUGUACAAUUUGUUGUAUGAGCUUGGUUCAAAAAAGUUGGGGACACUAGACAAGGAUAAAAAUAAUAUUCUACAUUUAGCUGCUAUGAAGCCAGCGAAAAGUCGACUAAAAAGCGCGAGUUUCUUUCUGGUUUAUGCGGAAAAAAUGAGAUGGAUUCCUGUUUUAGUCUGUACGUUAGCUGGUCUGCCUGUUAUCAUAUUUGCUCUGCUACAAUACAGUCUACUUUUUGACGUCGUAAAUUCAACAUUCAAUUCCAGAGUGUACUCCAAAAGGUCUUCUCUUCAGGAUGUACUUAGAGUUGUUGUGUUCAAUCUGUAUUUUUCUGCUUCUCUUUUAUCCAGACCUGCUCAGGAUUAUACAUUAAGGGACAGGGAUCCAACAAUUAUGUUUGCAGCAGCUUUUACUUUGCCUGGUGGUAACAAUGGUGACACCGGGCAUCCAAUAUUCCUGAAGAAGAGUGCCUUUAUCGUGUUUGUGGUAGCAGACGCGGUAUCAUUGUGCACCUCCUCAGCUUCCAUACUAAUGUUUUUGGCCAUUCUCACUUCGCGGUAUGCAGAAAAGGAUUUCUUGGUGUCUUUACCAGUGAAAUUGAUGGUUGGACUCAUAACAGUAUUCUUCUCAAUCGUCACAAUGAUGAUUGCUUUCAGCGCGAGCUUCUUUCUCCUUUAUGCAGAAAGUAUGAAAUGGAUUCCUGCAUCAAUUGCUGCAUUAGCUGGUGUGCCUGUUGUUUUAUUUGCUCUGCUGCAAUUUCGUUUACUUUUUGAUGUGAUUAAUUCAACAUUCAAUUCCAGGCAUCUGUUCAGGCCCCAGAACCGUAUGAUUUAGAAACGAAUUCGCUGUUGAUUCGUCAGUAACAGAAAUAAUUUUCUGAAAAUGUUGUAAUGUACUACACCUGAUCACUUUAUCUGAGAACUUGCUGGCGAU